UAAUCUGCUUCAAGUUUGCAGAUUAUUAUGAGUAUGAGCCAACAAGUAUCUCUAUUCGAACAAUAUUCUGAUAAACUAACUGAAGCUGAACAAGGGAACCUAGGCAACUCUUUAUUUGCCAUUGUAUCUGGAAGCAACGACAUUCCCUCCUUUAUCUCCUAUUUCUUUAAGCAACGCAAAAAUCGCGAUGAGUUCGCCGAUCUGCUGCUCUCCAAAUUGACUGAACACAUAACAAGGCUUUACAAUCAUGGGGCAAGGAAAUUCAUUGUUUUCGACAUUCCACCUCUGGGAUGUAGUCCCUUUUUCAGACACGUCGCAAAACUUUUACCACCGCUUUCAGAUGAUAAAGGAUGUUUGGAGUUUCUCAACUUCGUAGUUGAGCCAUAUAGCAUAGCUUUCAGGACAUCUCUGACUGAGCUUGCUGAAAAACUGGAUGAAGCGACCAUUAUCCAAGUUAAUGAUCAUGAUCUUGUGAUGAACUUUAUCGAGAAUGGUGAAGCCUAUGGAUUUAUCAAUACUACAUGGGCAUGUUGUGGAUCGGGAGACUUUCAUACAUAUCCCGGCUGUGGAAAAACUAAUCCGCCGGAUUUGUACUGCAGCGAUCCAAACUCGUAUAUGUUCUGGGAUGGAGGUCGUGGCACUGAAAAGCUUUAUAGCUUGAUUUCAGAGCAGAUUUGGAGUGGAAACACUUCUUUUGUGUAUCCAUUCAAUCUCUCUACACUCCUCUCAGCAGAAACUUGUCUGAAUACUAAUGAUGCGUCGACCCUGUCGGAGAUGUAGUUUUUUAGUUUCGUUUCUGUGACUUGCAGAAUUCACAGCUAUGUGCUAAAUAUUUACGACUAAGUUCACACAACUAUACUAGUGUGAAAAACUUGUUUUAUUAUUAAGUAUUACUAGUAAUGACUUGUUAAGUUCUUGCCUAUAAUGUGGGAGACACUGUUUUUUUUUGUCUAAUCAUUUUUAGAACUAGUUUACAUUGGUACCUACAUGA